CAUUCUAUCUUUCUAAUAAAGGAAAUUAAUCAGCAAGAAGGAAAUUAGUUUCCAAGUUACUAUCCAUCCACAUCGUAAUGUGUUUAAAAGAUGUUUAGCUGUCUAUGAUUCUAUGAAUAACCAUCCAUAUAAGGAAUCUCUUAUUUUUGCUUCAUCUCUCUUCUCGUUUGGCAUUUUUCUUUUAAGUAUUUUAUGAUGGUGCCAAGCUAUAUUAGAACUUCUCUUGUUUCCCUUAUUGUGAUGGUUAACUGUUGUAUUUUGGGUGUUUUCUCCAAAUAGUUUUCACAUGGUUUCUCGCAAGGGAGCUUUGGCGUAACCGGUAAAGUUGCUGCCAUGUGACCCGGAGGUCACCGGUUCGAGCAGUGGAAACCGCUUCUUGUGGAAAUGCAGAUUUUCUGAUCUUUCAGGAAUACUUAUUAAACAAUUCUCAGCAUGUGAGUUGAAAGGUGGUUAUGGUCUCAAGAUCUUGGUCAAACCUGUGGCUUUCUUGUUGACCGAAUCAAAAGUUUUCUUAAUGGUAGGAACGGCAGCAAUUCUAGUCAAAGAAAGGCAUCUUCAGUUUUCUCCAACAAUCACCAAAAAUGGAUUGGGAAUUGGGAUCCAAUGUAACAAGAGUUGCAGAUGAUUUCACCUCCACUGAAUUCCUUCAAUUUGAGAAAGAUCGAGCUGGCUUUCUUUUCCAGUCUGCAGAAACAAACACUAUGUUCAUCCUCACAGCUCGUUUGAAAGGUUAUAAACGAGGAAACAUAAAGAUUGAUAUUAAUGAGGAAAGGAAGAUGAUGGUGAUAACAUGUGAGAAGCCGGUCCAAGAGACUGUAAUGGUGGGGUGGACAGUGAUCAAGAAAGAUGUAGAAAUUAGAAAAUUUAUAAAGGCUUUUAAGAUUCCAAAUGGGGUGAUCUUGGAUCAAAUUAUGACUAAUUAUAACGAGGAAGAAUCCGUUCUGACUAUUACAAUGCCAAAGAGAGUGAAGGGAAUCCUUGGAAUUGGAAUUCAGGAAGUGAAGCAGCCAGAGUUUGUUAAAGAAAUGCCACAAAAACCAUUGGAGGAAAAGGCUUUGGCAGAACAAGUGAGUCAAGAAAGAGAGAUGCAAUUUCCAGGUUUUCCAUCAGUUAAGGAAGAUGUCAAAAAACAUGGUGCUAAAGAUGAAGUUCCUCGAAUGGAAAACGAAAUGCCAAAAGUAGAACAGAAGAGCCAGAAGAUCGAUGAUAUGGUUGAAGAAACAAGGGAAACUCAUAGUGAUCAAAUAGGUGAUGAUAAAGUUGAAUCAAGGAGUUUGAAAGAUCAGCUUAAAGACGACAAAGUUUGUGAAAAAGCAAAUGGAAUUCAAGAAGAAGAGAAAACUGGAGAAGAGGAUGAGGAGAAGCUGCCUCAGAGAAGGAGCAAGAUGUUUGUACCUGUAAUUGCAGGCUCAGCUGUAAUAUUAUCUCUUGUUGUCUUUGCGAUUCAUUUCAUGAGAAAUCCUGAAAAAAGAAAAGGUUAGGACUUAGGACAAAGAAGAUUGUAUAAUACAAUUACCUGAUUUUAAAGAAAAAAGAACAUUGUAUAUACACAUUUUACUUUCAAAACUUUUUUUGGAUCCCCAUUUAGGUUA